CUAUAUGACUUGAAAUACAUUAAAAUUUAUCGAACAUCAAGGUAUCUUUUUUUUCUUGUCUUUAAGAUAUUACAUAUCUUUUAUCUUUAUGUGAACACAGUGAUCUACAUUUACGUGGUGCAUGUGCAAAUUUACUUGUUACAUUAAUUCAAACAACAAAUCAUCUUUUAACACUAUCAUUAUUAUCAAAUUCAUUUAAUAAUUCUUUUAUUAGUCAAUGUUCACUUGUAUCAACUGAUUCACAAGACAGUUCAAGAUUAUAUGUCUUAAUGAUAAUAAUGCACGUUUAUGCAUUUACAAUCAUAGAAAUUAAAUUAUUAAAAGAUUCUAUUCAACAUACUACAAGUUCCUGUAUUCUUGCUAAAGUUAGUCUAGCUCAAUUUAUAGAUGAUAUUGAUUUUCGAAUAUUAACUUAUCUUGAACAACAACAACAAUUAAAACAACAGUACCCUGAUAUACGUGUUCGUCAAGCAAUUGCUUCGACUUUUGCUAAGUUUGUUGAUCACAAUUCAUUUUUACCAUGUCAAUGGAUAUAUAAAAUUCAUCAUUCAUUACAAGCUCAAGCAUCAACUCGAAUACAAAUUGUUUGUCAUAAUGAAAAAGAUUCAUCAACAACAUCAAAUACAGACAAAGAUAAAAAAGUUAAUCGUACACAAUUAGGUACUUUUGGAAAUUAUUCGAAUUAA